UGUUGCCCGCAGUCAAGUUGACGUCGAUCACUUGAAUUGAGUUUAGGAGGGAGCUUCACUUUGAAAGAAAACAGAAGUGGUUUGUAGUAUCAUCGUUCCGUCGCUUACCUCAGAAAGUGAAGGAUAUUUCUGUUCGAUCAUUGCUAAACACUGCAGAGGAAGCUUGUGUGGCGAAGAAGGAACUUUCCCAGCAGACGUCUGUGAACUCUAAGCAGCGGCAAAGGGACAAGCCCUUUUGACUGUCAGUGACGGAAGGCCAGCAUCAUUGUUCCCCGGGGGCACCCACGUUGAUAGGUUAUGGCGUCAUCGUCACAAUCUAGGAGUGAUUCCUCACUUGACGUCAAUGUGGAAAAUAUCGAAAAGGCCAUCCACCAGCUGUACUAUGACCCCCACCCAGGGGUCAAGGACACGGCCCAGCGUUGGCUGCUGGUGGCCCAGCGGUCCCAGCACGCUUGGCAGUUCUCCUGGACGCUACUGAGCCCCGACAAGGCCACAGAAGUGCAAUAUUUUGGAGCAAGUGCUCUUCACACAAAGAUCUCUCGAUACUGGGCGGAGAUGCACCCGGAGCAGUACGACAUACUGCGGACUCAGUUGUUCAGGCAGAUCUUCACAUUUGGCACUGGAGCCAGGAUCGUCUUGACCCGUUUGUGCGUUGCCCUGUCCUCGUUUGCCCUGAACACAAUGCCAGAGGUGUGGCCCGACGCCGUCAAAGGAAUAAUUGACACCUUCCAGCAGACCGAUAUACCGCAACUCGACGCAACUCACCGAUGUACAGCCCUUCUUGAGCUCUUAACAGUCCUACCAGAGGAGUUCCACACAGCUCCCCUCCCUCAGUCUCGGAGAGGAACGGUCCGACAUGAAUUAGAGAACGGCCUGCAACAUGUCCUGCCCCUCAUCAAGACCCUCCUGGGGCAGCAGGACUCGCCCGACGCCGUCCGCCUGCAGGCCCUCAAGUGCUUCUCCAGCUGGGUACAGCUCAACGUGCCCCUGCCGGACAUCGAGCCCAUCACCGAGAUGCUGUUUCAGCUCCUGCUCAACCACGACCUCUUUGACCUGUGCAUCGACUCGCUGAUCAGCGUGGUGUGCCAGCCGGUGGCCUACAAGUAUCCAACUUCGAUUCGGAAGGUCAUCAAGCAGGUCUUGCAGCUACAGGACCACUUGGCCUCGGCGGUCCGAGACAAAGACAUGGACGUCGUUCAGGGUAUCUGCCGGCUCGCCGUUUCCCUGGGAGAGAACAACUCCAAAAUCCUGCUGGAGUCGGAAGGAGAAGACAGACAGCACGCGGUAGAGUUCACCAACCUCAUCAUUGGUUUCACAGCUCUGCCUGGUCACUACCCCGUGGACGAGACGAUAAGCAAUAUACCAUUUGGAUUCUGGUACAUUCUGCAGGAUGACAUAGUUUCCUCGGACCAGGAGGAGUUUCGGGAGUACGUGCGCGUCUUUGCCCCAGUCUACAUGCACCUCGUCGAGGUCAUGCUGACGAAAGUGCAGUACCCGCCGGACGAGGAGUACAGCACCUGGAAUGCAGAAGAGAAAGAGCAUUUCCGAUGUUACAGACAGGACAUAGGUGAUACACUUAUGUAUUGCUACACUCUUCUGAGGGAACCACUUCUAAAUCAUCUCUAUGCAAUACUGAGCAGAAUACAGGAGCAGCAACUACCUUGGCAGCAAGUGGAGGCUUGUCUGUUUGCGUUCCGCUCCAUCGCCGAGGGGGGCGACUACGGGGAUGACCAGUGCGUGUCGGACCUGCUGCAGCUCCUGGCCCAGGUCAACAUGUCGCACACGACGCUAGCCUCUACGGCCUUGUACAUGCUAGGUGCCUAUUCUGAGUGGUUGGCCGACGCACCAGAAGCCUUAAGAUCAGUGAUACCAGUCCUUCUCACCGGUUUGAACGACCCCGAACUAGCGGCACCAGCCACCAUGUCCCUCAAGGACAUCUGCUGUGAAUGUCGCAAAGAGAUAAAGCCGUAUGCCGAGACUAUCCUGAACGCCAGUCAGGAAGUCUUGAGGAGGAACACCAUCAAGGCGAGAGAGAGCGUGCGGCUCAUGUCCAUCGUGGGCCUGGUCCUGUCCACGCUGUCCCUGCAGGAGAUCCUGAGCUACUUACAGCUCAUACUAACGCCGCAGCUGCAGAUCCUGGAGAGUGCAAUAAACGAGCAGCCCACCCCCGUCACCAAGUCAACCAUCCUGCUGAAGAUCAACAUGCUGUCCAACCUCUGCUCCACCCUGGACCUGAAGCGGCCAGACCGGCCGGAGGAGGAGCAGGAGGGGGCGGAGUCCAUGACGGUGAAGAGGGCAGCGCCGGCCCAGGACGAACCCCAGCCAGUCCUGUUGAUACUGCAGCAGACCUUGCCCAUACUGCAGAACCUCCUAAGUGUCUGGAUCUCUGACGUGGGUGUUGUGGAGGCCGUCUGCGAGUUGCUGCGGCGAGCCAGCCGCACCCUGCUAGACGACAUGCAGCCGAUGAUACCCCAGCUCGCCGAGCUGGUAGCAACCAUUUACAACGCUCUGCCACAGUCGGCCGUCUUGGACCUGGCCAAGCAGAUUAUCAUCCUUUUCGGAGACAACGAGGAGGUGUGUUCCGCAGUGGGCGCCAUGUUUGUCCAGCUCUGCUCUAAGACAGUUAGUCUCUUUCCGGCACAAGCCCAAGACCAAACUGACGUCGUCGAAACGUUCAUGGCCGUCUGUGCAAUCCUAUUGAAGAAGCAGAGCAGUGUGUUUGUUCGUGAGGGCUGCAACCCGGCAGCCAUUUUCCAGUGCGGCCUGAUGGCAGUCACGCUGCCGGAGAACCCCACGAUCAGGAGCAGCUGCAACUUCUUUAUGUCGUUCAUCUCCCAGUCUGAGAACCUGCCAGUGCUGAGCGAGGCACUUGCGCAGCACGGCCGGUCACUGCUGGAGCUGGUCCUCAAGGCCAUUGGGGGUGCGGCUCCGCGCACCGUCAUCGAGUCGCUAGCCGACGUGCUCUUCACGCUCAACAAGCACUGCUUCAGCCAGCUGUCCGGCUGGCUGCCGGAGCUCAUGCUCAGCCCGGAUCUGAGCCUGCCCCGGGUCACCAAAGACCAGCGCGAGCAGUUUGCCAAGACCGUUCUUAGAAAUCGGGCCCAGAAACGGCAGCUCCGCGACCUGGUGAAGGAGUUCAGCCUGAUGUGUCGGGGCCUGCACGGCACGGAGUACGCGGAGUAUUGACUAAAGUGUGCAAACUGGAUCAGGAACAGCGAAUUCUCGGCCGCUGACAUCCUCGGGCUUUGAGCAAGCGACAAGUAAGUUCGGAUCGGAGGUGCAACUCCGACAUGUCACACGCUGCCAAGACCCCGGGAAACUUCUGACUGCCGCAAGUGAGUGGACAACGUUUAUCGCAGAGUGUCCUGCAAAUUCAUUGUUCGGCAUUCUCACUUUUUACACCGAGUAAAAAAAAAGAACACAUUUUUCUCGUCCAUUUUUUUUAAGGAGGAGGCAGCCAAUUUUCAUUUUUACUUUUCACCGAAUAGAUUUGGGUCAAAAUGGCGGAUGGAUCUUCUGGACACUUGCUUUAUACAGCUGUUUUCAUUGUAACCGGUCUUUAACUUGCACAUACAGCUAGCAAAAAACCUGGAAGGCAAAAAGAAGCUGACAGGGACGAGAGACUGUAUUUGUUUUUUACUCGGCCACACUCGUGAAAUAACACUUCAACUUUGACUGUAACACCACAUAGACUUUCAUUCUCUGAGGCCUGGCGAGACACCAAAGAACACGAAAUUGGACCAUCUCACAAGGUCCCCUAGAGCCGUUAAAAAUGGCUGUUGUCAGGCUUGAUUCAGUUUGCACUUAUCGUUAAGGUCGAGGAAAGUCCAAAAUAUUAUUUUUCCUCUUUUGUAGUAUUUGUGCUUGUCCUUUUUAACAAAGUUCUCUCGUCGCUCUUUUUAGUCUAAAGGUGUAAAGGGUGAAAAAAAACACCGAAUAGAUUUACCUUUCAAUAAUGGACUCUCCUUUUCACCCAGGUAAAUUAAGAAGAUACCACUUAUCACAGUGGGUGUUUCGCAAUGGGGAUUAUUUCUCUCUCAUAACUUAUUGCAAUAUCAGUUGUGUAAAUAUUUUUUUGCGUAAGUGACGAGAGAUAAAUGGUUGAAAUCUCUGCAAACAGGAGCCUCUGGGGGAGUGUUUAUCGCGCAAACAACGGAGUGAUUUUUUUAUGCCUAACUCAGCAGUUAUGCGUUUUAAUAACAGGAUUUUUUUAAAACAGAGAAUAGUCAGAGAAUGCAUAAAUCAUUGCUGCCACUGAAUUUAUAAUUGAUGGAGAUGAUUGCUUGGUGGCUUUUAAUCACGCCAAAUUUUCUAUAUUCGGCAAGUUUAGGAGCAGCAGUGUACCUGUUGCUGAACUUCAAUUCAAAUCCUUCACACAGCGCUAGCCAGCUCAGUCUGCCGCGAGUUUAAAAGGGGGAUGUACUUAGCACAUAGUGGUGUAUCCAGGUCUUCGGUCGGUGGGCUGGGGAUUGGAACCUGUGUUCUAAAAUUAACAAUCCAAAUAUGCUCAUUGGUACAGUAAUCCUCAACCUCCACCCCCUCGAAAGGUGGUCGUACUGUUCCUGAAAUGCUGGCAUUUCAACCCCUUCCCCAAUAAUAAUAUUUGCUACACGCCCUCUCCCCGUUCAUUUUUUUUCUGAGUCCUCCUCCUGAUUACGGCUGGUGGUUUCAUAACUUCAAGCUUGAGGUUUUCAGCCAGGUAAAAGCGAAGUAUGCCCUGUCUGUUCAGGUUUCAAUUUUGUUUUGAAAAAAAUAUGGAACGAAAUGUGGGACGAUCACAGAGACAAGUUGCUUUAAACUUUAGCGGCACUGCCGUCUGCUAACCUCUCUAUUAUUAUCGACUAAACCUUGCGUGAAAAUUAGCGGGAAACAAAUUGGCCGUUCUUUUGAUUGAACCUGCCAUCGAAGAGGGCAUACGGUUAUUCGACUGAAGAAAAACAGAGAGCAACCAACGACCUGCCGGCACUCGUCUCAUUGAAGACGGGUUUAGGAUCUGAAAAUUCGUGUGAAGUCUCGAAAAAUCUCUCUCUAUUAGGGCAUUUUCACGUACUUUACGCUGCCGUUCAACGGUGAAAGUGCCGUCACCAAGAAUUGUGGCAAAAAAAGACUGGGACCAGAACAUAUCUAAUCAAUCCAAGUUUCAUUGCUUCAAGGCCGGUUCGUACUUCGCGCGAAAACGAACACGAACGCGAAUUUGUGACGUCAGGAGACCAAACAUGCACGUCGCGAAUUCGUAAAAGUUGAACACAAAACAUGUCCACCCGAGCGAAAUUUCGCUGCAAAAUUUUCCGUGACGUCAAAUUCGCUUCGCUGUCGCAUUCGCCUGCCGUAUGAACUGGCCUUUUGUGAUGAUCUGUGAUUCAUUUCGUUUUUUAACACCCCGUGUUUUGCUCAGCAUUACCCUUUUCUAACUUGUCACAAACCGGUUCGUCAUUUUUUAAAAUUCAUUUUAAGUCAUCUUAUCAACUCAUUACCAAGCACUCAACCUUUACCAUUUAUCUUUGGAUAGCACCGGGGUUUUUAUGUAGGGAAGCAAGUAUGAGCUCCCGUGUUCUUUAUCUCUGUAUUUUCAUUAACUUGUUAUGGGAAAAGCACUGUUAAAUAUCGCCAGGCAUGUUAUGCUGAUUGAUUAAUGCUGAUUAAUUUCUUGUGAGAUGCAACUUUACCGAGAACGGAAAUACAUGUAUUUCAGUUACACGUGCUCUCUUCAGUUUAAGCCAGAAUGUCAUGAACCAGGCAGCAGGUUACAGCACUCACGAAGGCCGGUUCAUACAUCGUGCGAAAGCGAACACACGCGACUUUGUGACGUCCAAUCAAAUAUUCGCGCUGCGAAUUCGCCAAAGGCGAACACAUUGCAACUCAAGCGACAUUCGUUUGCAAGACUUUUUCCUGACGACGAGUUUGCUUCGCAGUCGCAUUCGCCUGAAGGGGUGAAGCGGCCUUCGAGUCUUGAAAGUGCUGUAUUUAGAACGCCUCCGCGGAAGGCAUUACCCAGCGACAUGCAUCUUUUGGCGUACAACAUCGCAUGACGUGACUGACGGCCAUGCAGUUUAUGUGUACCAAUGAAACUCGUUUAAAAAAAUUAAAGUGCUAGUAGGCUUUUACGAUUAAAUUUUGCAGCUGUCACGUAAGUGUCUUAUGUAAUGAGAACGUGCGCUUGUAUGUAGUAUUUUUCUCAAUGUGUAUGGUUAACGCAUAUUCAAGUCAAUGCUUACAUAACGAAGAUUUAAAUAAAUAAUAACCAUUAAAAAAAAGCAAAUUACACCUCAUAAAUUGUCUAACAUACCCAGAUGCUGUAGGACUUUCGUAAAGUUACACGAAAAUGACUUCCACCGAGAGUCAAAUUGUCAAGUGAGACAUCGAGAAGGUAUCAUGGAAGUUAGGGAAACUGCAAGUGAGAUGUAAUUUGUUUUCCUGUUUAAAGUAAGAAUUCAUGUACAAUAAAAAGUCUCUCUUUUCAGAAAGACGUAAUAUAUUGCAAGGUAGUUUUCAUUGCUUAUAUAAAGUAUUUAUUUCAAUAAAGACUGAUGCAUGAUUGUAAAUAUUA